CCACCACGUUUUGCAGUGUGGGGCGAGCUCUAAUAAACGCACAACCUUGUCCCCUCCCACUUGAUAAAUAUAACACACUCGCAGCAUCACUGCCACAAGCCGCUGCCCAGCUGCCGGGCACUGACACAACUUGCACUCGCUGCUCUCACUCUAGUGGCGCUUGGAAACCCAACUGUCGCGCUGCCGCAUUUUUUUAGCAACUUCAGCUCUACCGACAUGGACUUUCUAGCGACUGCGACCGGGGCGCCCUAUAUUGUGCCUAUCAAUGAUUCCUCCGCAGAUAACAUGUAUGGGAUCUACAGUGCUGUCAAAUGGACACAGUUUGUCACUACUUUACUAAGCGUUUUAGGUUCUGGAUCGGUCAUUGGGUAUGCAGUGUUUCAAAAUGCAGUCAAGUCUCCAGAGGUUCGACAUCUUUUCUACCUCAGCUUGUCAGACCUUCUUCUGGCCAUAUGUUGGCUUGUAGGGGCAGUUAUGUACAGGAAAACAUCUUUUAACAAAAACAUUGCCUGCUACAACCUCCAAAUAUUAGGGCAGAUGUUUUAUUUAUCCACCUUUUUCUACACAUUAAACUAUAUGUGGCAGCUCUUCUGCAAUGUGAAGACAAAAAUGGACCAUGACAUGAAAAAGAUCUCAGACAGCAAAUGUCAUAUGAGGAGAGCACUGACAGUUCUCUCAAGUUUGGUACCUGUCCUUCUCAGUGUUCCAGUGCUCUGUUUUGGCAAUAGCUAUGAAUGUUAUGGAAAUUCCACUCACCCACACAGCUGUUUAGUACUGAAUAUUGGAUCACAAAUUACUGCUGACCGGCAUACUUACAACAGCACCACCUGCACAGUCAUCUACUACUACAGCACAGUGGUGUUUCUUGCCAUGUUCUGCCUAGCAGCUGUUCUUAUUCUGGUCCUGGUGGGGUGCACCCAUAUUCUUUGCAGAAGGUAUCUGACAACGAGGGGACCGUUUGUGUUUCAGCAAUGGGCAGCAAUAAGCGUGGCUAAACAGAACCUCUUCUUUAUACCGUUUAUCUUCUUCGUGUGCUGCAUACCAGCUGUUUUACUUACUGCCGUGAGACUGCACAAACCCCAAGAGGAAUAUGAUGUCUUCACCAUACUCUAUUUUAUUCUGUCCUUAACAGCAGUAUCACAAGGCUUUCUUAACUGCCUGGCAUAUGGCUGGACCCAAAGGAUGCUGCGCUACAUGAAACAGAGCACUUGCCGUGACGUGGACACACAGACCCCUUUACUGUGUUCACAGAAGAAGUUCUAUGCCAGUAUACGUGUCUCAACAGAAAGCACAUUGCCACAGAAAGUCUCUGCUUUAUGACAAGACUGUCUUUCUGCAUGACUUCUGGGUGAGCCCUGACAUAGUUCAGUUGAAGCAAAAGACGUAGAAGUGCAGGGGCACUGGAGAUAUAAACCAAACUUCAAACAUUCAUACAGACCCUUGGUUUAUUACUGAAGAGUGAAGACAUUUUCUGCCAGUGGUUAUUCAGUCUUGGAUUUAAGGCCCAGGAGCUGACGGUACCCUAUUGUCUUCAUCGCCUUCAUCAACACUAGACUGGAGUGUUGUGAACUCUUUCAUAGACUACGGAGCUGUAACUGACUGUGUAUCUGUGAAUACAUUUCUAUGGGGAACCUACAAAGCACUACAUUUGAGCAGAUGUCUAAAGUACAGAUAUUUUAUUCUCUGCUCCGUCAAUCAUUUUAUUAUGUAUAAAACUCGAAAUCUUCGAAUUAAAGCUAAUGAUGGGACAUUA